AUCGAAUUCGAUUCGCCGUAAGAGGAGUACACGCGAUAAAUACGAUGGCAACGGCUGCGGUGGCCACUGCAUCGCUCCUCGCAGCAUCUCGUCUCUCCCACGCCGCUUCUUCCUCCUCCUUUGCUUGCCCUCGCCGUUACCCCGCCGCGAUCCUCUGCUUCGUACGGCUUCAACGCCGCUCUUCAUCUAACGUCUUCCGUCGCCGGUUCUGUCGUAUGGGUCACUCCGCCGCCGCCGCCGCCGCCGCCGCCACGAGCGCUAGUCUCGGCCUGACCAAGCCCAACGCCGUGGAGAUCCCUCAGAUUAUAUUUGCUGCCAAGGAGGUUGAUUCUGUAGAAUGGGAAGGAGACAUACUUACGGUGGCUGUAUCAGAGAAUGACAUGAAAAAAGAUCAAGAUUCCAAAUUUGUGAAUUUAAUCUUGAAGAAACUGGAUGAAAAGCUUAGUGGUCUUUUGGCAGAAGCUUCAGCAGAGGAAGAUUUCAGUGGAAAGUCUGGCCAAUCUACAGUUCUCAGGCUACCUGGGUUGGGUUUCAAAAGGAUAGGCUUACUUGGGCUUGGGUCUUCCUCAUCCAAAGUGUCUGCUUAUAGAGGCAUUGGAGAAGCUGUUGCAGCAGUGGCAAAGGUUGCACAAGCAAGUAAUGCUGCUGUGUGUCUUGCAUCAUCAGAUGGGCUGUCGGAAGAAUCAAAAGUAAUAGCUGCUUCAGCCAUUGCAUCAGGAACUGUGCUUGGAGUGUUUGAAGACAACAGAUUUAAGUCAGACACCAAGAAGCCAUUGCUUAAGACAGUGGACAUCAUUGGUUUUGGUUCUGGAUCAGAGUUGGACCAGAAACUAAAGUACGCAACUGAUGUCUGCUCCGGAGUGAUUUUUGGUAUAGAGCUUGUAAAUGCACCUGCAAAUGUGCUAACUCCCGGUGUAAUGGCUGAAGAGGCUUCAAAGAUUGCCGCAUCAUAUAGUGAUGUUCUUACUGCAACAAUAUUAGAUGUUGAACAAUGCAAAGAAUUGAAGAUGGGAUCAUAUUUAGGUGUUGCUGCUGCUUCUUCUAACGCUCCUCAUUUUAUCCACUUAUGCUAUAAGCCUCCUGGCGGUGAUGUAAAGAGAAAAUUGGCAAUUGUUGGGAAGGGUUUGACGUUUGACAGUGGUGGUUACAACAUCAAGACUGGACCAGGCUGUUCAAUUGAGCUCAUGAAAUUUGAUAUGGGAGGUGCUGCAGCUGCUCUUGGUACUGCUAAAGCCUUGGGGCAAAUUAAACCUCCUGGUGUAGAGGUUCAUUUUAUUGUGGCUGCUUGUGAAAAUAUGAUUAGUGGCGCAGGCAUGAGACCAGGUGAUAUUCUCACUGCUUCAAAUGGGAAGACUAUUGAGGUCAACAAUACUGAUGCAGAAGGACGGCUCACACUUGCGGAUGCUUUGGUUUAUGCGUGUAACCAAGGCAUCGAAAAGGUUGUUGAUCUAGCAACACUAACCGGUGCCUGUGUAGUUGCCCUUGGACCCAACAUUGCCGGUUUCUUCUCUCCCAAUGACGAUCUGGCCAAGGAGAUUGAUGCUGCGGCCGAGGCUACGGGAGAGAAGUUCUGGAGGAUGCCUUUGGAGGAAAGCUAUUGGGAGUCCAUGAAAUCAGGAGUCGCUGACAUGGUGAACACUGGAGGUCGCCAAGGCGGCGCUAUAACGGCCGCUUUGUUCCUGAAACAGUUUGUCGACGAGAAGGUUCAGUGGCUUCACAUCGACAUGGCAGGACCUGUGUGGAAUGAUAAGAAACGCGCAGCGACUGGAUUUGGUGUGUCUACUUUGGUUGAAUGGGUUUUGAAGAACUCUCAAUAAGCAUGCGGACAAGCGUCCACAAUGAAUAAUGUGUCUAUCCCGCUUGCCUUUCUGCUGAUCUUCAUGGCUUGCUUCGUGUAGUUGAACAAAACUUACUUUCUUAUGAAUAAUGAUCUGUCUCGUAUUCGGAUUUCAA